GCCAAGGAAGGGGAAACAGCUGCAGGCUCUUCUCUGGAAGGGAACAGAAAGGGAGCCACCCCGCCGGCGGUGGCCUCGCUUCCCCCUCCUUCUUUCUCCUCCUCCUCCUUCUCUUCUUUUUCUUCCUCGUGCUCCUCCUCGGAGGUGAGAGGGACCCGAGAUGUGCGCCGUGGACCACCCGCAAGCCCGGGCCUCCCGCAGGCUCCGCCGCUGCUUCCCCAGCACGCCGUUCCUGCUCCUGGCUUACCUGUCCUACCUGCUCCUGGGCAGCGCCGCGUUCUGGGCUCUCGAGUCUCCCGCGGAAAGAGAAGGAGCGCGGGAGCUGCUCCAGGAGAAGUGGGACCUCUUGGAGAACUACUCCUGCCUGGAGAGGGAGGCCCUGGAGCACCUGGCCAAGGGUAUCAUCAGAGCCUAUAAGAGUGGACUUUACCUCAAAGAAAAUGCAACUUUGGGCAGAUGGGACUUUGUUGGCUCUUUCUUCUUCUCUGUUUCUGCUGUAACAACCAUUGGCUAUGGUAACUUGAGUCCCAGCACAGAGGUUGCCCAGGUCCUCUGCAUCUUCUUCGCCCUCUUUGGAAUCCCCUUAAACCUGAUACUCCUGAACAGAAUAGGGCAGCUAAUGCUCUCCGCAGUUCAGCUCUGUGCCUUCCGCCUGGGAGAGAAGUUCCAGUGGCAGAAAGGAGCAGCUAUCUUGACACGGACCUGUGCCCUGGUUGUUGGCCUUUUACUGUUUUUCCUACUACCUCCUCUGCUGUUCACUGCUAUUGAAGGCUGGACCUAUGAAGAAGGAUUCUACUAUUCGUUCAUUACGCUUAGCACAAUUGGCUUUGGGGACUAUGUAAUCGGCAUGAACCCUGAGCGCACAUACCCCAACUGGUAUAAGAACGUGGUGUCUCUUUGGAUUCUCUUUGGCAUGGCAUGGCUUGCCUUAAUCAUCAAUCUUUGCAUCAGCUUGCUGGAGAACUCCAGUGGCCUCUGCCAGUGCUGCAAGAGGAGGAGUAGAGAGAUGGAACAGGACUUAAACAAUGCCAACCCAAACAACAAUUUGGGGCCUGAGGAUAAAAACAACCACAAUGAGAAAGACACCAAACUUGUGGUUCCGAAUUGAACAUUUAUAAACUCUUUGUUCCCACUGAAGACUUUUGAUUUUCUUUUUUUAAGGAGAGAAACAACUGGCUGGGCACUCCAUCUUCUGACACAAGCACAGGUUGACUGAGAACUGCCUUGCACAUGUUGCCUUUUCUACAUAGAGCUUAAUAUGGCAUAGGAGGAAUAUAAAAACACAUGCCGUUUUGAGUGUAAUCUACAAUAGAGCUUAAAUGGUUGCAAGGGCAAGAGCUGGGAACAAGUUCUAGCAGUGCUCAUAUGACUUGGUUUGAUCAUCACUAUGUCCCAACCUAUGGAGCAUGUACGGAGGUUCCUGGUGAAGUUAUACACUUGGGCAAGAUGACUAAGGGUGUGGCAGCACUCACUUGCGGAUGGUCACCUCAUAAGCUUACAACGUAAUGGUCAAUGCUAUCCUUCCCACUACACUGAGUAUCUGUUUCUAUCAGAAGGGGCUCAUCGAUGCUUAUUAUGCCUUAUUGACUCUUACUUUUUAUCAACAGCAACUAACUAUAGUCAAUAAAACAGAAGCAAAAAAAUUGGUAAAAUAACACAACAAUUUGUAUAUACUCAAAUAAAGUGUAUUUUCAUUCUUUUUUAUGGAA